UGUCAACCCGAAAGACCUCGUUUUGACAACUUGGUCGGCUUCCGUGUUGCUCCAGCCAAAUCUGCAAAAGAAAUUUCGAUCGUCUUGCUUUCAUUGAAAGAAAUACAUGAAUACAUGUUUUUCAGAAGUAAUCGAGAAGUCAGCAUGGGCAUUUACAGCAAAAUGACAAAGAACACGCUCAUUUUUGUCACACUUACGCUACUACAGCUAGCUUUGCGAGCCAUAUCUCAAGAGUCAAACUGUCGAUUCUACGAUGCCUCUUGUGCAGAUUGCAUUAGCGGUGGAGCUGACUGCGUUUGGUGCUCAGACGAGACGUUCAUAAAGCUAGACAAAAGCAGGAGGAGAUGUGACAGCACCAGUGUGAUGGGAAAAAUUUGUACAAACAAAACGAGCCCUUCGACGAAAGUAGAUGUGCCUUCAAGUAACAAGCCCUUAGGACCCAAAGUCCAAGUGUUUCCCCAAAAAGUUGUUCUAACUCUCCGAAAAGGCCAGCCGGGGAGAUUUGAUAUAAAAGUGAAGCCUGCAAAAGAUUACCCAGUAGAUCUUUACUAUCUUAUGGAUUUGUCUUAUUCAAUGCACGACGAUUUGACAAACUUAAAGAAUCUUGGAGCUGGAAUUUCAAGAGCCAUUGGUACUGUAACAAAAAAUUACCGCCUAGCAUUUGGCUCGUUUGUUGACAAGAGGCUUUCACCGUAUAUACGAAUUGACAGAGUCAAACCACCACAAGCAGUAGUUCCUCCUUUUGGCUUUCAACAUAAUCUUGAUUUUACUGAAGAUGCAAAGAAAUUUGCAGAUGGGGUUGAAAAGAGGCAAAUUUCUGGAAACCUUGACUUCUCUGAAGGUGGAUUUGAUGGACUGAUGCAAGUUACUGCCUGUCAAAAGAGAAUAAAUUGGAAAGCAAACGGAACAUCAAGACGUAUCAUUGUAUUUGUGACAGAUGCGGAGUUUCAUUGCGCCGGUGAUGGAAAGCUAGGAGGAGUCAUUUUGCCAAAUGAUGGACAAUGCCAUUUGGAUUCCAAUGGAUUCUACACAAAAUCAACAACAAUGGAUUAUCCUUCAGUUGGCCAACUUCGUUCUAAGAUGAAAGAGAAUAAAAUUGUGCCAAUUCUGGCAGUUACAAAAAAUACCUUUAUAACCUAUCAGAAUCUAGCUGAGGAAUGGAAAGAUCUCGGUACUACAGUCGGUGAACUGUCAAAGAAUUCGGACAACGUUGUCAAUUUGAUUCGAGAUAGUUACGAGAAAGUUUCAUCAACCGUAAGAUUAGUAGAAACAAAAAAGGAAGACGUAAAAGUGCAAUAUAACCCAAAGAAGUGCAGGAAAUCUGUUACUGAUAAUGAAUGCACAGGAGUUGCAAUAGAAGAAGAAGUUGUAUUUGAGGUAUCAGUUACUGCUGAAAGUUGCAAAGACAGCGUCAGGAAAUCCAAAAGCUUUGAUAUCAACAUUGCUGGCUUUGGAGCAGUGCAAGUUGAAACAAAUUUUUUGUGUGAUUGUGAUUGUGAAAAGGCACCAAAUGUUGAAGUAAACAGCACCAAAUGCAGCUUUGCUGGGAACUACUCUUGUGGGAUAUGUUCUUGUGAACCUGGAAGAUUUGGUUCGGAUUGCAAAUGCGAUGACCAGUCACGUGUUGACGAUUCAACAUGCAAAGCAGACAAUUCUACUGACACUGUUUGCAGCAACAUUGGAACUUGCAUUUGUGGCACAUGCGAGUGUUUCACGCAACCAAAUCCAGAACACAAGGUUACUGGCUCAUUUUGCGAGUGCAAGAAUUUUGGAUGUGACGCACACAAUAGUGUAAUGUGUGGAGGCCCAGAUCGUGGUGUAUGUGAAUGCAAUAAAUGUCGUUGCAAGGGGAUCUGGACAGGCAGUAAUUGUGGUCAGAAGAAUUGCACACUAGUGGCAAAAGACUGCGUGAAAGGCGGGGAGGUGUGCAGUGGUCAUGGAACGUGUAACUGUGGUGAAUGUCAGUGCGAGCCUGGGUACAAGGGAACCCAUUGCGAGCUGUGUCCGUCAUGUGAAAGCCACUGUACGGAAAAUCGCGACUGUGUGUUGUGUGAAGUCUUCAAGCGUGGUGACCCAGCAAUCUGCAAUAACUGCACUGUUAAAAUCGUUAUGAGCAAUGCAACCCGGCAGGCACGAAAGUGUGAAUUCCAAGAUGACGAUGGUUGCUACAUCUCUUUUUAUGCUGGAGAAGAUGCUUUUGGAAACUUCACUAUUUGGGCAAAUCCAAAGAAAACAUGUCCAAAAGUCAUAAAAAGUGAACCAGACUUGUUGGCGAUUGUGCUUGGAAUAAUCGGCGGUCUCUUAUUGGCAGCUAUUCUUGCUCUUCUUAUUUGGAAGUUAUUUGUAUCGACUUACGAUCGUUUUGAAUACUCAAAGUUUGAGAAAGACAGACUUAAGUCAAAAUGGAAUAAGGAGGAGAAUCCGAUUUACAAAGGCGCAAAAGCUAAGUACGACAAUCCAGCUUAUGCCGGCAAGCAAUAAAAACGUCUUUCUUGCAAUUGUAUCUUGCACAACGUAUCCUAAAGAAGAUCAAGCAUGCAAAAAUUUGCUGUGAUGAAAUACAUGUGAAUAUUCAUGCCAGAUGUAUCUUGUAAUGAAAAAGCUAAUUCUAGAUUGCAAAUUAUUUAAUAAAAGACUAUGUAGACUGUUUAGAAAAUUAACUAGAAUGUGUCUUGAAUAUGUAGUGCUUGAAAUCUCAGGGUUGGAAUGAAAUUUUAAAAAGAAAGUCUAUUGCAUGAUAAGUAAUAUGUAUAACAAAGAGAUUUCCUCGAUGGAAUCAAAGAUAUCUUUGAUGGCAUUUGCUCAGUUCAAAGAAGCAACAAAGGUACUAGAGGCUCCAUUCAAAAGAAAAUGAGACAGAAUAACCAAAAAAGUUUUGUUACUGUAAAAUAACUGUUUAUUUACCUUAUAGAAUUCCUUCUCCAACAAAUACUCUUGAAC